ACUCCAACCGAUUACAUGUAUAUUAUGAAAUGCUCUAAAGAAGAGAACUUUUCGCCAGGAACCCUCACUCCAGUAGGAAACAUGGAGAUGAGCCCUUCAUCGGGAAUUUUAAACUAUGCACAGGGAAUAUUAGAAGGUAUGAAGGCGUACAGGACGGAAGAUGGGCGUAUUCUACUAUUUCGUCCAGAACAGAAUGCUCUGCGAAUGAAGAUGGGCGCAGAAAGAUUGUGCAUGCCAUCACCAACCAUGGAGCAAUUUCUUGAUGCCGUAAAGCAAACUGUCAAUGCCAAUAAGCGUUGGGUUCCUCCGCCAGGGAAAGGAUCAUUGUAUAUUAGGCCUUUGCUAAUAGGAAGUGGAUCAAUGCUCAACUUGGGGACGGCCAAUGAACAUACAUUUAUAACAUAUGUUUCUCCUGUCGGCAAUUUUCACAAGGGGGUCGUAAAUUUGGUUGUUGGGGAAAAUGUUUAUCGAGCUACGCCUGGUGGAACUGGAGGUAUAAAAGCUAUCUGCAACUAUGCAUCGAUUUAUAAAACAAUUUCGGAAGCAAAGGCCAAAGGGUUCUCUGAUGUCCUAUUCCUUGAUGUAGUAACAGGAAAAAAUGUCGAAGAGGCUUCUACAAGCAACAUCUUUAUAGUAAAGGGAAAUACCAUUUCAACUCCAGCAACAGAUGGAACUAUUCUGCCCGGAAUUACCAGAAAAAGCAUUAUUGAAAUUGCUCGUGUUUUAGGUUAUGAGGUUGAGGAACGUGCUAUCCCGGUAGAGGAAUUGUUUGAUGCUGAAGAAGUUUUCUGCACUGGAACUGCAGUAGUUGUCAAUUUUGUUAGUAGCAUAACCUAUCAAAGUAAAAGGGUCGAGUACAAGACUGGAGUAGAGACAGUGUCUCGAAAGCUGUAUAAUACUCUAACCGGAAUUCAAACUGGUCGAAUCGAGGACAAGAUGGAAUGGACCUUCACACUUGAUUGAUUAAUUUUAUCUUCAUAAAACUGCAAUAUACAAAAGCAUAAUAAAUGAGAAAUAAUUUAGUCCUAUUGCUGGAAGGAUAUUGUUAUGUUAAUAAUCUGUUUGUAACCUACGAGGACAAAUCGCAAUAUUAUGAAUAAUAAGUACUUGUGUCAAUGCCA